AUGAAGGUAUUUGUGCGCCCUACACUUACAUUUGAAAAUAGUUCAGCACUAGAAAAAGGGAUGAACUCGUCAGGUUUGGACAACCUAACCGAAUUUGAAACAUGGUAUCUCAACAGAACGGAUUUCGAGGAGGAAAAUCUGAAACUUUUGUUCGGGAUUGGCAUGGACAAUUUCAUUACGCUUUUGGUUUUCGGACUCAUCUUUACGCUUGGAGUGUUGGGAAACUCCAUGGUCAUCACAGUGCUGGCCCGUAGUAAACCCGGAAAACCACGGAGCACCACCAACAUAUUCAUCCUCAACCUUAGCAUCGCCGACCUGUCCUACCUGCUUUUCUGCAUCCCUUUUCAGUCAACCAUUUACAUGAUGCCGACAUGGGUUCUGGGUGCCUUUAUCUGCAAGUUCAUUCAUUAUUUCUUCACCGUUUCCAUGCUGGUCAGUAUUUUCACCUUGUCCGCAAUGUCGGUGGACCGCUACAUUGCGAUUGUUCACUCCAGAAAGUCGUCCUCCAUCCGCGUGUCAAAACACGCUUUGAUCGGAGUGGUGGUCAUUUGGACACUCUCUUUGGCCAUGGCAGCGCCAGUCGCGGUCAUACACAACAUAUACCAGAGAGAUGAGAAUCACACAUAUUGCUGGGAAGUGUGGCCGGAUCAAAACCAAAAGAAAGUCUAUGUUGUGUGCACGUUUGUUUUUGGUUAUGUAUUGCCCCUGCUGCUGAUUUCGUUCUGUUACGCAAAGGUAAGCAAGAAAUCCUGAUUUAUUUAUUAUUGCAUUGAUAGAUAAUUGUAUUCACAAUGAGUUAUGUCAAUUUCUGAGUUUGGGUACUCUAAAAUGGGGACAACUAAGACAUAAAUUAGAUAGCCUUUGAAAAUACAUUAUUUCAAUAUAAUGUUAUUACAUAUUUGUUAUAACAUAGGCUUUAAUUAAUUGUUUGGUAUGUCAUCACACAAUUGUUUAUGCAUUUUCAGGUUUUAAAUCACCUGCACAAAAAACUCAGAAACAUGUCCAAAAAGUCAGAGGCAUCGAAAAAGAAGGUAUGUAAAACCAUUCAUAACAUUUGCAUAUUGACUGUUGAUGGUGAUCAUUAGUGUAUGAUGGACAACCCCACAAAUGCAGUAUGUUGUGAGUAUUACAGUCUCCCACACCAGUUGUCCAGCAGCAAUAGUAUGGGAACAACACCCACAGUAGUUUAAAGCUACAGUCUGGGAUUUAGAAAGCUGUGCAAUGGUCAUUUCAAUUCUUGAUAUUUACCCAAUGAUUCUUGAAGAUUAUAACUUGUACAUGUCUCAUGAGCUUACCACUAUGACCCACUAUGUCUUUAUCAUAACCCAAAAUAUAAGGUUUUAUUACUUGUGUACAAACACCAAUAAUGUAAAGAAACACCAUAUAGCUUCGAAAUAUAGUUAAAACUAAAUCUACAAGUUUUAUCAUCUUGGACUGUCAGUCCGUGCAUUUAGAGAGCUGUCUAUGAUUUUGGGAGGGGUUACCUUUCUGAAGCCUCAUCUCUCAGCUCAGCUGUAUGCCAAAUAAGUGGCGGGGACCCUGUUUUGUUGUUUUUUGACAUUUUUACUUUAAUAGUUUUGCUAGACAUCUUGUCUAGAGCGCUAGGGAAGUGUUAAAACAUACAAUAUCUUUGAAGCUAUAUAAGGCUUCUAUCCCUGUAGCCUAAAAAUACAGUUUGGAUAAUAUGUUUUCAAAGAUAUAAUCAUGUCAAACAUAUCAUGCAAUGUCCAAUCCCUCUUACUUUUAAAUGCACUUUAUGAUGAUGUUUAUGAUGAUGUUGAUGAUCCAUUUGGUUCAAGUCGUUGCACAAUCUUAAUGUAAGUUGAGAAAUCCCAUGUUUAGUAAUGUGCCAUUUUCAGGGACAUUGUGUAUAGAAGCAUAGAGCCAGAAGCGUCAUGCCAAUAUCAGAUUUGUUCUGUUUAAAAAAUUUUUAAUACAAAUAAUAAUAAUAUAUUUUUGGUUGAUGUUUCUCUGUAAUACUGCUAGCCACCUAGCAAUUUUAUGAAGUUGGCUUUAGCUGGCACAGAUAGGUUCCCAAUCUCUUAACCUCAUAACUAGCUACCAAGAAGCCAUUUCAGGAUAUCAAUCAAGUUAGAGUAGCUAGCUUGUCUAACUAUCUUAGAUGGCAUGCCUACUGGCAAGGUUGGUAGACUUUAGAAAAGCAAGCAAUAACUACAUGUACUGAAUAAAACUCACAUUCCUUUCAAUCUUUUACACAGAUUUUUAGCAGAGAUGCAGAGAAGCAUAUUUAGUUUCUUUAAAAGAAGAACCAUAGACAGCUCAAGAGGUAUGCUUAGAUAUGCAGACAAAUAGACAUAUUUUUGAUAAAUAAUUAAUCAUAAUGAUUAUGGCUCUAGAUUGUGGGAAAAAGCUGUUUCAAAAAGCCCCCCUCCAGACAACCCCCUAGCCAUCCUCACAUAGUCUGUGCCAGCUCCGAUUUUUUGGGGUGCAUGACGCACCUGCAUAGAGCUGCAACGUAUACCAUGGAAGAACCAACAUCCCUUUGCCAGUUUUCUAGGCAAAAAAUAAUAGUCUAGCGAAGAAAAAUAACUGAUAAACUUAGUCAGUAUUGUAAGUUGAAUAUAUAAUUGGUAUCGGCAGGACAUUCCAUCUACAGUGUCCCUGAAGCGCCUGUCCAUUACCACACUUGAGUAAAGCAGCAGAGUGGGACUUUCAGCCAUUACUCUUCCUGAUGGCCAUUUGCCUGUCUGAGCCAACCUGCUGCUGCUGCUCGCCUGGCGCUGCGCUGAUCGUCUGUCAGGACUGUAUCACACACCAACACAUGGGCCUCAGAGAUCUAUAUUUGUUCCAGCCAAUAUGCUCCAAAUAAACGGUUCAGUAGUGUCCUCUGAUGUUUUUAUACAUUGGCUCUUUAGUGUUGGCCUUUUACAAUAUGCCAACACACUGGUCCAUAUGCCUUGCACACAACUAAACAAUAAAAUAGUAAUGAUGGUCUGAACUAAGUGUUUACAAAAAUGUAUUCGCGUUUUGUCACAUCUAGACAGUGUAAAUGUCAUUCAAUGAGUAUAAACUCUGAUUACUGAAAUAUUUGUCUAUAGGAAUAUCUUGACUAUAAUCAGGAUUCCAUCCAACCUUUUAAUGCGAGUAAAGUACAUGUACAAAAAAUGACACAACAGGCCUGAUGGAAACAACUAAUUUGUCGGUAAACUUUCCAAAUGUCCACAAAACUAAAUAUGCUAGACAAGGUGGGAUCUUUUUGUGUCUGUAAAAUUAAUUAUGUGAGAAAUGGCGGUGGAAACGCUUUUACUAAUAACCAUCAUAUCAUGUAAACUUGGAGUCACGUGAUUACAUGUUGUGUGGUCCUCCCACUACGACUUGGGAAAGCAUGCAAUUCAUUAGGCUACAGAUGAAAUCAGUUAUGAUGAACUUCACAGGGUGGUGAAAGUGCAAGAUGAUGAGCUCGAUGCUUGGCUGCCAUUUGACAAAUAAUAAUAAUAAUCUCAUCAUGUAGGCUAUACCCGCACUGUAUCUGCAAACUGUUGGCUAAGGCGCACGUGCCAAUACCAGAGUCGGCACAUUCACUAUAUAACUCCCCAUAAAUUGUAACAAAACCAUCAGUAGAUGUGAAGAUGUGAUGGAAACCCAUUUAACUUAUAUGGGAAUGUAACUGCAAAAAUGAUUUGUUUGUGUACUACGCCAUCACGCACAGCCGCAAUAUGUCAAUUUGAUGUAAACACCUCUGGCGGAAGAAUUUGCAUAUUGUUUUUAUGCAGAUUUUAGAAUAUUCUCAUGAAAAUAUGUUGCCAAUUGGAUGGAAACCUAGUUGAUGAGAUACAGCUGCCUGGUUCAAAUCGAUGCGCAUGUUUGAGCCUUCAACCAUCUCACCCAACCAGCCUAAUUUAUUUACAGUUGAAGCUUGUGGAUACAAUUAUAUGUGUCAAAUCAGUAAAGUAAACUGAGGCUGUGUCCAUAGGCAGAUCAAGAGACAAGGUGUUCAAUUAAAUGUAUAAUAAAAUGUGUGUGUCUGUCUGUGUCUGUGUGUGUGUGUGUGUGUGUGUGUGUGUGUGUGUGUGUGCACAUACAGUAUAUGUACACUGAGGAUACAAAACAUUAAGAACACCUUCCUAAUAUUGAGUUGCACCUUUUGCCCUCAGAACAACCUCAAUUCAUCGGGGCAUGGACUCUACAAGGUGUCGAAAGCGUUCCACAGGGAUGCUGGCCCAUGUUGACUCCAGUGCUUCCCACAGUUGUGUCAAGUUGGCUGGAUGUCCUUUGGGUGGUGGACCACUCUUGAUACACACGGGAAACUGUUGAGUGUGAAAAACAGUGUUGCAGUUCUUGACACAAACCGGUGCGCCUGGCACCUACUACCAUACCCCGUUCAAAGGCACUUAAAUCAUUUGUCUUGCCUAUUCACCCUCUGAAUGGCACACGUACACAAUCCAUGUCUACACAAUCCAUGUCUCAAUUGUCUUCUUUAACCUGUCUCCUCCCCUUCAUCUACACUGAUUGAAGUGGAUUUAACAAGUGACUUCAAUAAGGGAUCAUAGCUUUCAACUGGAUUCACCUGGUCAGUCUAUGUCAUGGAAAGAGCAGGUGUUCAUAAUGUUUUGUACACUCAGUGUAUGUAUGUAUGUACGCAUGUGUGUGCGUGUGUGUGCUCGCAUAUGUGUGUGCAUGUGUGAGGAGUAGGAGGAGGCUGGCCUCGAUCUCCAGCCAUCAGUUCAGUAACUCCUCCAAUGCUGUGAAACGGCGCGUCAGGAGCAGCUGGGAAAACAAUGCUACUAUUGCCACUGUUAUAAAACAUCUCUACUUAUCAGCCCUAGGUACACACAGAAGGAGUACAUGGUGUUUAUAGACUGUCGUGUGUGGCAUCCCAGUGAGCACAACAAAAAUACGUCUUUUCAACGUCUUUUCACCAUCUUGUGCUCAUAGGGAUAUCUCUAAAGCUCCUGUAAUCCUCCCUAAUAGACUCUAGCCCUAAUUGGUCCUUUACUUUGACAAGCGUAUUAAGCAAAUGUUGUACUUUCAAUCCACUCCUCAAAAUAAUCUUGACUAUGUGUUUGGAUUAUUAUAAAGGGAAUCGUGACAUGAGAGCAAUGGAGGCCAGAUAAACCUGGAUUUUUGUAUCAUGCACUUGGUUAUAAAUGUAAUGUGUCAUAUCAAUUCCAGUACUUUCUGACAAUUCAUAACAAACAUACUUGAAUAAAUUAAAUGUCAACAGACGAUUGUUAGCGAUUGCAGUCUUAAAAAACAUAUUUAGGCUGUUCUGCAAAAAAAGUUGUUCCCUGGAGUAGGUAAUGGGUUUGUUUUUGAUUGGCAUGCCACUAUGUUUUAAUGAAUUCCCUGCGUAGGAGGUGUGAGGCACAGUUAAUUAGCUGAUUUAACAGUUUUGCUCUCAGUUAUUUCAGUCAAUUAGGCGUUUAAACAACACACAGGAAUUGUUAUGGAUGCCAAUGCUGGACUGGGUCUUCCAAAAGCCUCUAAAUGGAGAGCUAAAGCCCUUCAAUGUGAGGAUGACAGAGGGGAAGUUACAAUGUUCUACCUCUAUUGUUUCGCUUCAUUGAUUUGGUCUUUUGGGGGAUUUUGAGCCCCCUGACUGUUUGUGUGUGUGUGUGUGGGGGGGGGGAUAUAUGCAAGCAGACACAUUUGUAAACAUCUCCAGCCCAGCCCCAAUGCCUUCUUAGUAUGUUCCCGCUCUUUAAUAUAUCUCCCAUGUUGCAUGCUAAUUAUUUAACACAGCUGUAAAUCAAUCUGCAAGCCAGGAAUGCAGAGGAAAGGCAGUGCAGGCCAGCAAGCAUGAAAUUGGCCUUUCAGCUGACUCUGCUAGUUUUGGCAAAAGACAUCCCAGAUUCUACUGAAAGAUAAUCUCAUAAAGGGACAUGUCACAUGUUUAGUGGAUGCACACAGUUAUAGCAAAUAGACAAUGUAUUGACAUUAAAAGAUAAGUUCAGAAGUCAAAUUACAUUUUUUCUAAGAAAACUGUAGAGGACAAAUGCCACCCUUCAUACUUGGAGACUUCUUACCUCCCUCUCUCUCUUCCCCCAAUAGACUGCCCAGACGGUUCUUGUAGUGGUGGUGGUGUUCUGCCUGUCAUGGCUCCCCCAUCAUGUGGUCCACCUGUGGGUGGAGUUCGGCAACUUCCCUCUGACCCAGUGGUCCUUCUUGUUCCGGGUGGCGGCCCAUUGCCUGGCCUACAGCAAUUCCUCCGUCAACCCUGUCAUCUAUGCCUUCCUCUCUGAGAACUUCAGGAAGGCCUACAAGCAGGUGUUCAGGUGUCAGAUUACCAACUCCCCUCUCAACGAACUCAAGGAGUUACGCAGCAAGGUGGACAACACACCACCCUCCACCAACUGCACCAACGUCUGAUUGGAGGUCACUGAGAGCCAGCUCAACUACGGCCAUGAUGAUUGGUUGUUUUCGAGGGUCCUUCUGAGACAUAUAAUGCUAUGAGGUUCCAUGUUUCUGUUCAGAUAUUGUUGGGGAUGGGAUAGCAUGGGCUAUGGACAGACAAUAUGAAGAAAACUGGAUAUUAGUUCAAGCUACACAGUUCCACAUCAGCGCUGUUCCAUCACCAGAAUAACGCCACGCCAGACGAUGUGCCAUACUGGGCAUACUGUCAUAUGUAUAGUGAGCAUCUCUCUUUCUUUUCUUUCUCUCUUGCUCCCUCUCGCUCCCUCUCCUCUAUCUUGCUUUCUCUCUCUUUCUCUCUGUCAUGAUGACAGUAAGAUUGCUGAAUCUGACUCUCAAGGAAAGGAGAGAAUGUGGACUUUGAUAUUUCACUGAUCGUCUUAUUAUACAUCACAA